AUGAAGAACAGCGUUGCUCUUCUGGCCCUUGCCGCCGGCGUCAGCCAGGUCACUGCUACCGGCUGGAACAAGUUCCCUUCCUUCACCUGCCCCGAGAACACCGACAACAAGUGUGACGACAAGCAGAAGGAUGGUUUCUCCUGGGGUGACUUGAACACUGGAUCGUUCAGCAACUACGGCGGUUUCGACUUCAAGGGCUGGACCUGCGGAAGCGAUUUCUCCAAGCGCGAUCUUCUCGCUCCCCGCACCUUCGGCAAGGGCAAGGUCAUUGAGGGCUCUUGCGGAAGCAAGAAGGAGACCUCUCCCUCCUUCGGCUGUGGCUCCGGCACCAGCUCCCCCGACAAGUUCUCCAUUGUCCACUUUGACGUCUCCGUCGAGUUCGACUGCGACCUCGAGUUCCACUAUGACAUGCCCGAUGGCUCCAGCUGCAAGCACCGCUCGGCUUGCUCCAAGUCUGGAACCACUGUCAAGAACUCCCAGUGCGGUGGUGCCAAGAACGUCACCAUUGUCUACCCUGAGCAGCCCUCCAAGCCCAAGACCACCUGCGGUGUUGGCAUUCACACCAUCAGCUUCGACUGCAGCCCUCCCCAGACCACCGUCCCUCCCAAGACCAAGACCAGCUCUUUCGCCAUCGCCACCACCCUGAGCACCAAGACCCACGACAAGCCCGUCAAGACCACCUCCGAGGCUGAGGCCACCUCCACCGCCGUUGUCCCCUCCGUCUCCAAGCCCACCAAGCCCGUUGAGGAGACCACCGAGGCCACCAAGCCUGCCACCACCGGCCCCUCCAAGGAGACCGAGACUGCUCCCGUUCCCAGCAAGGGCGAGACCACCUCCGCUGCCCUCCCCUCCAUCUCCAUCCCCGCGGAUUCGACCACUGCCGUUGUUCCUUCCGUCACCAAGCCUGCCGAGACCCCCAUCGUCUCCAAGCCCACUGAGGAGACCACCAAGCCUGUCGAGUCUGUCCCCGUUGAGUCUGUCACCAAGCCCGUCGGCGGUGAGACCACCUCUGCUGCCCUCCCCAGCGCCUCCGUUCCCACCGUUCCCGUCAACGGCACCCAGCCCGCUGAGACCGUCCCCGCGACCGUCCCCGCUGUCCCUGAGACCAAGACCACUGUCUACGACACCACCUCUACCGUCUACACCACCCGCGUCGAGACCGUCACCUCCUGCGCUCCCGAGGUCACCAACUGCCCCGCCAAGUCCCACGCCGUUGUCACCGUCACCGUCCCCGUCUCUACCACCAUCUGCCCCGUCACCGAGACCUUUGUCCACACCCCCGGUGUUCCCUCCAAGCCCGCUGCCACCCAGCCCGCUGGUGUUCCUUCCCAGGGUGUCUCCUCCCAGAAGCCCGUUGCCUCCGUCACCGUUCCCGCCGGCCCUGUUGAGACUCUUCCCUGCCCCGAUGUCGUUCCCCAGUGCUUGAGCACCUGGAUGUUCUCUUCCGGCUGCACUGACAACUCUGAUGUCAACUGCUUCUGCCCCGACUCCAAGUUCGUCGAGAACGUCUUCUCUUGCAUCUACUCCUACGGAGCCAGCGACGAGAUCAUCUCCAAGGCUACCCAGUUCUUCCAGGGCAUCUGCGCUGCUCACAUCCCUGAGAACCCUGCCAUCGUCACUGUCCCUGCCACCAUCACCACCGCCAUCACCGUCUCGGCCACCAAGCCCGCUGCCACCAACCCUGCUGAGUACACCACCGUGACCGUUGACAAGACCAUCGUCGUUCCCUGCGUCACCUCCGGCACCACCGUUCCCGGCUCCUCUACCACCGCCAUUAUCAAGACCACCCUCGAGGUUCCCCACGUCUCCUUCGCCACCAACUCCGCCUCGGUCGUCGUUCCCGUCCCAGCUCCCUCUGCCCCGGCCGGAACUCCCAUUGCCCCCGGCGCGACUGCCUCUUCCCAGGCCCCGGUUGCUCCCUACCCUACCACCCCCGCCGCCGGCGCCAGCAAGACCACUCCCGUCGGCACUGGCGGUGCUGCCGUCCCUACCACCACUGGCGUCGUUGUCGCUGGUGCUGGCAAGACCACCUUCGGCCUCGGUGCCGUCAUUGCCAUUGCUGCCCUCGCUGCAUUCUAA